AUGGGAAAAACUUCAGCAAGUUUUCUAUUCCCGAUCCACACAUCUUCCCAGAACAAAGUUUUGACCCCAUUCCCAACCUCUCUCCUCGUAAGGGCAACAAAGAAGUCUUUGACUUUCAUCAGCCUUGCUAGAAAUGUGAGUUACAGUCCCAACGGGGCCGAGUCCAAUAACACCGAUUACAUAUCCUUGUAUCUCACACUCGCUGAUACCAUCACUGAGGCCGAGGCCAUGAAGGCACAAGCCAAGUUCAGCUUACUCGACCGACAUGGGAAGCCGGUGCCGCUCUAUACCCAUAGUACCAUGUUAGAAGGGAGAGAGGAGUUUGCAAUCCAGAAGACUUGGGGUUUACCAAACUUCAUCAAAAGGGAGGAACUAGAGAAAUCAGAGCAUCUCAAGGACGAUUCCUUCGAUGUCAAGGUCAAUGUCACUACAAUCAUGAGCGAGUUCCAGGCGCAAGAAACACCACGCAUAGUGAUCCCACCAACACAUAAUCCCAACACGUCUGACAUGCACCGGCACUUCGGGGAUCUCCUGUCAAGCAAAGAAGGUGUCGAUGUUGAAUUCCUUGUCGGCAGGGAGAAGUUCCGGGUGCACCGGUCGGUGCUUGCAGCGCGCUCUCCAGUUAUCAGAGCUGAGUUCUUUGGUUCGAUGAAGGGGAGCACAACCAAAAAUGCCAUACACAUAGAUGACAUGGAGGCAGAGGUGUUCAGCAAUUUGCUCACUUUCAUCUACACUGAUGAUGUAAUGCCUGAUACGAAUCAAGCAGAUGAGUAUGCCAUGGCUCAGCAUUUGCUUGUCGCAGCAGAUAGGUAUAGUUUGGAGAGGCUCAGGCCGAUCUGUGAAGAUAAGCUGUGCAAUUGUAUCGAUACGAGCUCUGUGGCCACCAUAUUAGCACUGGCAGAGCAGCACCACUGCCAUGGGCUUAAGAAGGCAUGCCUGUUGUUCCUAGGCUCGUCGACGAAUCUGAAUGCGGUCAUGGAGUCCAAGGGAUUUGAGUACUUAACCAAGACCUGCCCUGCUGUUCUGAAAGAUCUCCUCAUGUUCAAGUCUGUUACUGGAUAG